UAUAUUUGCUUAGGUCACGGGUUUCCUCGGGUUCCCUAUCUCUACGUCCCUUCAUUGGUGGCCUAUAACAAAACAAUAUUCAAGGUCACUCUUCCUCAUUUAAAGCCCUUUUGACACCUUUCUCAUGUCGCUUCCACCCCCAACCCCUUCUUCCCCACUCUAAAGAAACAAACCACCUUUUCAUCUUCUCCACCCUUUUCUCUUUUUCUCACUCCAACAUUUUCCUACUGGUUUCUCACGAUUCUCCACUGAUUUCUUAUACAAAGCCUACCUCCUACCCUUCUUUUAUUAUUGUUGACUUGGUGAGAUAAGAUUUGUUCUGUGUGAUCCGGAGAUGGGGUUGUUCGCCGAGAAGCUUCAAGUGGAUGGUGGCUUGGAAUCGGAGAACAAGAAGUGGGUUAUCUCCGGGAUACAGUUACGAGCUCCUUUGAAGCCCGUAUAUACAAGCCCUGUAGGGAAAGAGCGGGACGAAGAAGGAGAAGAGUGUUCGACGCCGACAUAUGAAGAAGCCAGAAUUCCGACAACACUAACAUGCCCCCCCGCUCCGAGGAAGAGGAAGCCUUCUUCUAGGUGCAAUUACAAUGGUGUUAGGGAGUUCUUCACUCCUCCAGACUUAGAAACUGUGUUUAUACGCCAUGUUGAGAGGGCUUCAAGCUAGCUGAUCAAUUGGGAGAUGAUUCCACAAUCUAUAAUAUGCUUUGUUCCUUUCUUCUUUUUUUUCUUUGCCCUUUUUCUCUCUUUGUCUCUUUCAUGUUCUUUGUAGUGGAUAGCAGAGUUAGCAGUUUAUGUAUAGCCUUUACAAAUUAAUAAAUAAAAUAACAGUCUAGCUUUGUUA